CAAUAGACGAAAUAUUAACAGUUAACAGACCUGAUCAGUUUUCGUUACAUGAACCGCCAUUCACUACGUGUAGAUUUUAUUUGUGGCAUUUUUUUUUCUUUUUGCUGAAGAAAAAUUUCAAUUACAUAAGGAUAUUGUUAAAAGAAGGAAAUAAAGCGCCCAAAAAUAACGCUAAAAUGUUACGUUAACAUCAAAAUACAACGUCGCGUGUGUAUAAUUUAAGGGAACAAUCCGACAAUGUCAGGAAUGGAAACUGAGUUGUUGAAUAUUUCGGACAUGUAGGUUCUAAAAGCUGCGAUUAAAGCUGACUGACAAAAGGUGCUAAUAAACACCAUCACAGGUACCGAACAACAGCUAGCUCAACGUCUCAAUAUAUAAGGCGAACUUGAUUCGGAACAUUGAAUCUACUUUCGAGUCACACCCGGAGCUUUCCGGACAUCCCCGAUGACAAUCAUGAACACGUAUAGGUCCCGGCAAGGUAGGACAAGUCGACCUCCACCCUCUAGAGAAGUGGAGUAUAAAUUCAUACAAGAUACAGUGAACAAUGUUUGCACGACUAUCAAGAAAUAUGCGCAAAAAUACUUCACAAAUAAAGAAAUCAAAUACGAGAACUGUCUUAAAACGUUUAGAGAUGUUGCUAGUCGUUGGAAAAUUGAUCCAUCAGAAUUCAAUAACUGGAAAGAAUUUUUGGAACAGAUCGAUGACGACAGUGUUGACAAAAAAGUUAAAUCAAGUGAACCUUUUAAAGACCUUAUUGUUAUAUGUGAACGAUCAAAAGAAUUCGAGGUAAUGAUUCCUUUAAUACGGGAACGUAUUGUGAAUUGUGUAAAGGAACACGUAUAUAAAUACUGUCAUAGUUUCGCUGAAGAAACAGGUGGAGUAGACGCAAGAAUAGUCGUAGAUUAUGAACAACAAAUUAGAAACUACAAGAAAGAUAUUGAGAAAAUGAUUGAUGCAAUAAACGCGGAUAUUCUUAGGUACAGUGAUGUGAAAUCGUCGUUCGAAAAAUUUGUCAGUGAGGGUAAAAAUAUUGCAAAACUCAUGGAAAGCAUAUGUGUUCAGAUUGUUGAGAUCGCCCAUGAAGUGAAAAAAUGGAUAAGCGACGAUGCGUCUUAUCCAGACAAACUUCAGCAGGAGAUUUUGUUUAACACUGGAUACAAGGAAACUUUACAAGAAGAUGUUAACAAAUUGCACCAACGGCGGUCUUCCUUGGAACGCAGUUUAGAACGUAGAGCCAAGUUAACCAGAAAACUUGAAAAAGACUAUAACAUUCACAGAAAAGAGAAGAAAAAGAGAAAACACAGUAUUCAUACGUUACAAAUGAAAAUUGAAAAACUAGAAUUUCAAAUUGCCCAAAAGGCGGAAAGCGUUGAAGGGACUAAAACUGCCUUAUCAACCCGACGCAUGCUUUCGCCAAGACAAGAGGAAGAAAUGCACAUGAAGCUUGCCAGACAUAUGAAAGAGAUUGACAGGUUUGAAGAGUGGUUAGAAGUAGCUAAGAGACAAAAAUUGAGAAAUGAACGAGAACUCAAAGAGAUUUCUGACAGAACGUACGAACUGAAAGUAGAAUUAGUGACUAUAAGGCAUGAAGCGGAGGAAAUGACACGAAGCAUGGAGGGCAUGAAUAUUGAACUGAAGGCCAUGCAUGAACGUUUGGAUAGUCUAGACAGGAAAACGGACGUUAUGAAACACAUUCGGGUUCUAAAAGUGUCUCCGGAGACAUUACGCAAGCUGUACAGGCGUCGGCGGGAAUUUUACCAACAGGGACAACUGAUGGAAGCAUGUCAUUAUGUCGCCCAAGAAAUUGCAGGAGAAUGGAAGAGACUGUACGAGUGUUUGCCAUUUGAACCCAGACGAGAGCCAGAAAAACUCUUCCAUGACAUAGAACUUAUCGAUAUUAUCAGUGCCAGACGAGACAAAACCGACGAAGAACAAGCAUUAAAAAGUUUGGAAAAAUGGCGGACAUUCAGUCGCAGACACGCGGACGUUGCACAGCUUAUCAGAGGGUUAAGAAAAUUGAACAAAGAGGAACUGGCGGACAAUGUUGAAAACAGAUUUUCUAUGGAAAGUGUUUAUGGCUGAUUAUUAUUGCAAUAUGUAAAAAAUAAAACAAACGUAUACUA